UUAAAUGUAACUUCGUUGCGAGAGGCUGUAAGUUUUGUAGCACCGUUCAUUAAUAAUAAAACUGGUUUAUAACCCAGUUGUCCGUGUACUCGUGAUGUAAUUACAAGUUAUGUGUCGUCAUGCCAUUGUCCGUUAUGUAAUAGUGGUGGAUGUGGCAAGUUACAAAACAGUGAGUGAGGAGGAAAAACACCCAGAACAACUCUGAGAGCACUUCACAUUCCAGACAGCUCCAAGACUUUGGGUGUGUGAAGCCGACCCCACAGCCAUGGAGAACCAAAGGUCAUUACUUGUGCUGCUGUUCUUCGCCUUUGCAGUCGGUUUUAUCGCGGUGGUGUUCGUGCUGAGAUGGGUUUUACACUUCAGAGAGGGUUUAGCCUGGGAUGGAGGAGCCAAAGAAUUCAACUGGCAUCCUCUUUUGGCUGUGACUGGUUUUAUUUUCCUUCAAGGAAUCGCAAUUGUUGUGUACAGACUUCCAUGGACUUGGAAGUGCAGUAAGCUGAUGAUGAAGUUAAUUCAUGCUGGCCUGAAUGUGCUGGCCUUCAUCCUGGCUGUCAUUUCUCUGGUAGCAGUGUUUGACUUCCACAAUGUGCAGAAUAUCCCAAAUAUGUACAGCUUGCACAGCUGGGUGGGAUUAGCCGCAAUCAUACUCUUUACACUGCAGAUUGUGCUAGGAGUUUGCAUCUUCCUCCUGCCUGUAAGCCCAGGAUAUGUGCGAGCUGCAUUUAUGCCCAUACAUGUAUUUAGUGGUCUGUUCAUCUUUACCACUGUGAUUGCUUCUGCACUCAUGGGCAUAACUGAAAAGCUCAUAUUUGGUCUGACAGAUCCAAAAUAUAAAGAUUCUCCUCCAGAGGCCACAUUUGUUAAUGUGCUUGGAUUGCUGAUAACCGUGUUCGGGGCACUCAUACUGUGGAUCGCCACUCGGCCCUCCUGGAAGAGACCGAGCGAGCAGCUCCUGCACACCUUGCACAACAGCGAACCAGCACCAGUCGGCACCAAAACAGACACAACAAUGUCUGAGAGACCUGACCCAGAGCCAAACAGUGAGGCCCGCAGAAGAAAUGGCAAAACAGAGGAGUAAGGACCAGUCAGGAGAAGGCAAAACAUCUCAUCAGAGAUACGAUCAAGCAUUUUCUUUUUGGCCAAAAGGAUUUUGUGCACUGUUAUACUCAGAAGUGUCUUUUCAGAAGAGGUGUUACAUAUAUAUCAUAUAGCUAUUUUUAUACAUGGGAUUACAGUACACAGCAAGCAAGGUUUCACUAUCAUAUCUUUGAAAUGAGCAACUAAAUCUCUCUUCAGACUGAACUGAAAGUAUCAUUAAAGGAGCAACAGCCUUUCAGAAGUUGAAGUCUUUUCCUGUUGACUUAUCAGAUUAGUCUCUAUUUAGCUAGUAGUCACUUAUUAAUCUGCAACAAUAUCAUUAUGCAAAAGUUACAAUAUAUAUAAUACCUAAAGGUAUACCUUACUUUUUCAGUUCACUAUCGUACACUGAGACUGUUUUUUUAGCUUUUGGGGCUUUAGCAAAAAAGUCAGAAUAUUCUGAAGAAAUUAAAUACAGCAGUACCAGCAGUUUCUUUGACCAGCAAGAUAUGCACAUAUUAAAAACUGGAUUGUUGAUUAUGCUUUGCUUUACAGAGAUAUUGAAAUGUUCUUCAGCAUAUUUGACGUCAGCUGACGUCCUUGUAUAUGUGAGACAUAAAGUCAACUCCGAAUAACAGUUGAAGAACACUACUUUAUCCUGCAUUUUCUUGUCCAAGUGAAAACUAGACCAGUAUUCUUUCUCAGUUAUUGAUAUCAGCAAAUUUUGCUGGUGAUGAUGUUUAUAUUUUCAAAACCAAAAAAGGUAUUCUUUAUCUUACAUGUCACUGUCACAUUUAACAGCACUAACAAAUCAAUAAAAUAAUCAAUCAGUGCAAUUUA